GUGAUACGGAUAGUCGGAUACCAUGGAUAGCACCAUAGAGAUUAGAUUAUAACCGCUUUAUUAUGACUCGAAUUACCAUAAUAUUUACGAAAACAUUUAAAAGCUUUUAACAGUGAAAUAUGACACCUUUUUUUGCAUGAACAACGAGACGCGAGGUAUAUUGUCAAUACUGACGUUGCAAUAUGAAUAAAACAAGCUCCCUGAUUGCAGCAAUUGACCAAGGUACAUCAAGUACCAGAGUAUUGAUAUUUUCUGCAGCAACAGGAAAAGUGGUUACAUUUCAUCAAAUUGAACUUAAAAGUCACUAUCCACAUGAAGGAUGGGUCGAGCAAGAUCCAUGUGAGAUUUUAUCUACAGUUAAAGAAUGUAUGGAAAAAGUUGUUGAGAAAUUAAAAAAUCUUAACCUUGACAUCAAAAAUAUAAAAGCUGUAGGAAUAACAAACCAAAGAGAAACAACCGUUACCUGGGACAAAAAGACUGGAGUCCCGUUACAUAAUGCUAUAGUUUGGCUGGAUGCAAGAACAAAGUCGACCGUUGAUAAUUUCAAGGCAAAGGUGCCAGAAAGUGAGCUAGAAGAUAUUCGGAAAUUAUGUGGUCUUCCACUAAGCACAUAUUUUAGUGCUGUGAAGAUUAGAUGGUUACUUGAUAAUAUUGAAGCUGUAAAAAAUGCUGUAAAAGAGGAUCGCUUGAUGGUUGGAACUGUGGAUACCUGGCUUAUUUAUAAUUUGACUGGGGGUACGAAUGCUGGAAUUUAUGUCACUGACGUCACGAAUGCUAGUAGAACAAUGUUAAUGAAUAUUAAAACGACAAAUUGGGAUGAAACGUUGUGCAAAUUUUUUGAUAUUCCUAUGAAAAUACUUCCAACUAUAAAAAGUUCUUCUGAGAUUUAUGCUCAUAUUACUGACGGUGCUUUUAAAGGCAUACCUCUGUCAGGGUGUCUUGGUGAUCAACAGGCUGCGCUAGUUGGACAGUCCUGCUUUGAAAAAGGACAAGCGAAAAAUACGUAUGGUACAGGAUGUUUUCUCCUUUACAAUACAGGUGUAGAGUCGAUUACGUCCCAUCACGGAUUGCUUACAACUGUUGGCUAUAAAUUUGGUCCAAAUAGUCCGACUGUUUAUGCUUUAGAGGGCUCUGUUGCUGUUGCUGGUGAUGCGGUCAAGUGGUUGAGAGAUGGAUUGGGGCUGAUUGAAAAAUCGUCGGAUAUAGAGGCUUUAGCAACAUCCGUACCUAAUAGUGGCGGUGCAUAUUUUGUACCAGCUUUCUCUGGUCUUUAUGCUCCUUAUUGGCAAACGGAUGCGAGGGGGAUAAUAAUUGGUCUGACCCAGUUCACAAACAAAGCUCAUAUUGCACGUGCAACACUGGAAGCAGUCUCGUUUCAAACCCGCGAGCUUUUGGAUGCUAUGAAUCAGGAUUCUGGCAUUCCUCUGACCUCGCUUAAAGUGGACGGUGGUAUGACAGCCAACUCAUUACUUAUGCAGAUUCAAGCAGACUUAUUGGGAAUACCAGUAGUGCGUCCAUCAAUGACAGAAACAACAGCGUUGGGUGCUGCUGUUGCAGCUGGUUCUGCAGAAGGAAUUGCAUUAUGGGAUAUCAAGACAAAGAAAGAAAGUAGUGAUGUAACAAUAUUUCAACCAAAAGUGGAUGAAAGUGAACGAGAGGCGCAUUACUCAAAAUGGAAACUUGCUGUCCAGAGAUGUAUGAAGUGGGAGCAAAACUCCGACCAGUCCUAAACACACAAGUCAGUCAAUCAAUAUGUAUUUUGGAUGUCGAACAAUGUGUUUCAUAUAUUCAUUUCUUAGUACUUUAAGAAUAGACAUGUGUCAGAAAAAGUAGAAAAAACUUCUGCUAAUUGAAACUUUGGCUUAUUCUCAUUUGGUUAUUUCGUGUUGCGCGAGUCAGCGAUGAACUAGUGACGUCACAUGUGUAGAAAACAUUGUUUUUCACCGCACUUUUAUAAAGUCUGUACACAAACGAAAUAGAGAUGCCAAUCGUUUGCUUUUCUUAUUGUAUCGCGAAAUUCUCUUGGAUAACAUAAUUAUUUUUCUAAAGUUUUUCUGAAUAUGAAAUUCUUUUCUCUUCUGUCCAAUAAUUACUUUAAUCAAAGAUGUUCAAAAGUUGAUUAAUGACCUUUUUGAGUAUAAUAGCCUAUCACAGAAGAUCGCAUGCAAUAUGUAAUCGAUUUGUCGCCAUAAAAUUCACGCUAUAUUGUUUUAGUAAUCGCAUCAUCAAAUGCAUGC